CCGGGCAGUUUACAUAUAUUUCGUUAAGAUUAUCUACAGCUUAUUCCUUCUUCAGUGCCAUGUCUUUGUAUCGAAACGUUGUCUGGUUUACCAAGGGGAUACGUGAAUACACCAAGAGUGGCUUCGAAUCAGCUUCAGCGCGUUUUGACCCCAAAGAACUUGAAGGAGUCCGCCUAGAUAAUCGACGAGUAAUGGUUACUGGAGCCAAUUCUGGAAUCGGCUUGGCGUGUUGUAAAGAGUUAAUCAAACGUGGAGCCGAGAUACACAUGGUGUGUUUGAACAUGGAACGAGGUCAAGCUGCUCGUGAUGCUAUUAUUGAAGCGGCGGGAAAUCCAAAUGCGACAGUCCAUUUACACCAGCUGAAUCUGGCCAAAGCAAAGAGUGUCUUUGAGUUCGCUAGACAGUUUUCCACAACUCAUGACCGCUUGGAUGUUCUUAUCAAUAACGCCGGUUGUAUGGCCAACGAGUUAUCCGUGGAUGCGAAUAAUCUUGAAGUCAAUUUUGCCACGAAUACUCUUGCUACUUACAUACUGACGGAGACUUUGUUGCCGAUUCUGAAGAAAUCCACUGAUCCUCGUGUGAUUGUGGUCAGUUCUGGCGGGAUGCUCGUUCAGAAACUUGAUCAUGCUGAUCCAAUGCUCGUGAAUCAGAGAAACAGUUUUGAUGGCACCAUGGUCUAUGCGCAGAACAAGCGGCAGCAGGUUGUCAUGACCGAAAUAUGGGCUGAAUCCCAUCCUGAUAUUCAGUUUGCUUCAAUGCAUCCGGGUUGGGCCGAUACUCCGGCGGUUGCCAACAGUAUGCCCGAUUUUCACCACAGAAUGCAUGGACGUCUGCGCACUCCGGAGCAGGGUGCUGACACGGUUGUAUGGCUUGCAUUAACCCCAAAUCUUCGAAAAUAUCCAAAUGGAUCCUUCUUCCAAGAUCGCAAGGUGGUCCCGAAACAUCUACCACUCGCUCGAACCCAUUCAUCACACAACGAAAAACUUCAGUUUAUCGACAAGUUGGCCGAAAUCGCCAAACCUUUCAUGACUUAACCUUCAUUUCGAUCAUACCUUUCUAUCCAAACAAUCAGUUUUCUCUGCUUUGACACUCUUGUUCCUUUCUAGUCCUUUGAUACAUUUUUUGAAAACAUCAUGGAACCUGCCUUUGUACUGCGUCGGCUUUUUCGACUUUUCCUCUUUUAGUAUAAUUUGUGUUAUCCAUAUUGAAUUCGCUUUUGUUUAUUCGCACUGCACACUAUGACCUUUGUUGUUGCUGAGUUGCUUG